AUGGCAGAUGGACCCUCGCACCACGCGAGCUGCUUCCGAAGGCUGACCGAGUGCCUGCUGAGCCCCAGUUUGACAGAUGAAAAAGUGAAGGCAUAUCUUUCUCUUCACCCUCAGAUAUUAGAUGAAUUUGUAUCUGAAAGUGUUAGUGUGGAGACGGUAGAGAAAUGGCUGAAGAGGAAGAACAACAAAGCAGAAGACGAGCCAGUGCCUAAGGAAGUCAGCCGGUACCAAGAUACGAACAUGCAGGGAGUUGUGUAUGAACUGAACAGCUACAUCGAGCAGCGGCUGGACACGGGCGGGGACAACCAGCUGCUGCUGUACGAGCUGAGCAGCAUCAUCAGAACAGCCACAAAAGCGGAUGGAUUUGCACUGUAUUUCCUUGGCGAGUGCAAUAAUAGCCUGUGCGUGUUCACGCCCCCUGGCUUCAAUGAGGGCAAACCCCGGCUCAUCCCCGCGGGGUCCAUCGCCAAUGGCACCACCACCUCCGCCUACGUGGCCAAGUCCCGGAAGACGCUGCUCGUGGAAGACAUCCUUGGGGAUGAACGAUUUCCAGGCGGUACUGGACUGGAAUCAGGGACUCGGAUCAAGUCUGUUCUCUGUUUGCCGAUCGUCACGGCGAUUGGCGACCUGGUAGGCAUCCUGGAGCUGUACCGGCACUGGGGCAAGGACUCCUUCUCUCUGCGCCAGCAGGAGGUGGCCACAGCGAACCUCGCCUGGGCGUCGGUCGCCAUUCACCAGGUGCAGCUAUGCAGAGGCCUUGCCAAACAGACUGAGCUGAAUGACUUUCUACUCGACGUAUCAAAAACAUAUUUUGAUAACAUAGUCGCCAUAGAUUCUCUACUGGAACACAUAAUGAUUUAUGCCAAGAACCUGGUGAACGCCGACCGCUGCGCCCUCUUCCAGGUGGACCACAAGAACCAGGAGCUGUACUCGGACCUCUUCGACAUCGGGGAGGUGAAGGAGGGCAGGCCCGUCUUCAAGAAGACCAAGGAGAUCAGGUUUUCCAUUGAGAAAGGGAUUGCUGGCCAGGUAGCGAGGACGGGGGAAGUGCUGAACAUUCCGGAUGCCUACGCAGACCCGCGCUUCAACAGGGAGGUGGACCUGUACACGGGCUACACCACACGCAACAUCCUGUGCAUGCCCAUCGUGAGCCGCGGCAGCGUGAUCGGCGUGGUGCAGAUGGUGAACAAGAUCAGCGGCAGCGCCUUCUCCAAAACGGACGAGAACAACUUCAAGAUGUUCGCCGUCUUCUGUGCGUUAGCCUUGCACUGUGCCAACAUGUACCACCGGAUCCGCCACUCGGAGUGCAUCUACCGCGUGACCAUGGAGAAGCUGUCCUACCACAGCAUCUGCACGGCCGAGGAGUGGCAGGGCCUCAUGCGCUUCACGCUGCCCGGGCGCCUCUGCAAGGAGGUGGAGCUGUUCCACUUUGACAUCGGUCCCUUUGAGAACAUGUGGCCUGGGAUUUUCGUCUACAUGAUCCAUCGCUCCUGUGGGACGUCCUGCUUUGACUUCGAGAAGCUGUGCCGCUUCAUCAUGUCUGUGAAGAAGAACUACCGGCGGGUGCCCUACCACAACUGGAAGCACGCGGUGACAGUGGCGCACUGCAUGUACGCCAUCCUGCAGAACAACCUGGGGCUCUUCUCCGACCUGGAGCGCAAAGGACUGCUCAUCGCGUGUCUGUGCCACGACCUGGACCACAGGGGCUUCAGCAACAGCUACCUGCAGAAGUUCGACCACCCGCUGGCCGCGCUGUACUCCACGUCCACCAUGGAGCAGCACCACUUCUCCCAGACCGUGUCCAUCCUGCAGCUAGAAGGGCACAACAUCUUCUCCACCCUGAGCUCCAGCGAGUACGAGCAGGUGCUCGAGAUCAUCCGCAAAGCCAUCAUCGCCACGGACCUCGCCCUCUACUUUGGCAACCGGAAGCAGCUGGAGGAGAUGCACCAGACGGGCUCGCUGAACCUCAACAACCAGUCCCACAGAGACCGUGUCAUUGGCUUGAUGAUGACUGCCUGUGACCUUUGUUCUGUGACGAAGCUGUGGCCGGUUACCAAGUUGACGGCUAAUGACAUUUAUGCAGAGUUCUGGGCUGAGGGCGACGAGAUGAAGAAGCUGGGGAUACAGCCCAUCCCCAUGAUGGACCGGGACAAGAGGGAUGAGGUCCCACAAGGCCAGCUUGGCUUCUACAACGCGGUGGCCAUCCCCUGCUACACCACCCUCACCCGGAUCUUCCCGCCCACGGAGCCGCUCCUCAGAGCCUGCAGGAACAACCUCAUCCAGUGGGAGAAGGUGAUCCGCGGGGAGGAGACCUCAUCCUGUAUCUCGUCCUCGCCGGCGGCCCCGGGCACCAUGGAGAAGAAGCUGUCUGUGAAGACGGAGGACUGA